AUGAUAUCCACUUUACAACAUCCAAAUCUUGUUAAACUUUAUGGUUGUUGCAUUGAAGGAAAAGAGUUAUUACUAAUAUAUGAAUAUCUAGAAAAUAACUGUCUUGCACGCGCCCUUUUUGGUAGUGAUGACCAGAAGCUUAAGUUGGAUUGGUCUAGAAGAAAAAAGAUAUGCAUGCAAAUAGCGUGCAGUUUAGCUUAUCUCAAUGAGGGAUCAAGAUUAAAAAUUGUUCAUAGAGACAUAAAAGCCACUAAUGUGCUUCUAGACAAGUAUCUUAAUGCUAGAAUAUCUGAUUUUGGUUUAGCGAAAUUGGAUGAAGGAGAGAAUACUCAUAUCAGCACAUGA